UUCCUUGUUUCAUGUUUAAUGGUGUCCAAUUGUUGAUUCGUUGGGGAGAGAAAGAGAGACAUGUGUGGUUACUUCUAAUUUUAAUGUUGAAAUCAUAGAGUAGAUCGCCAGAUUUAACACGAUUACACAUCGAUUGUCACGAGACGUGUCUGUCUUCUCCGCCCAAAUGAACCUCCACCUUCCCAUAUAUUAUCAUCUCCUCCUCUUCCCUCUCUCCUAAUUUUCAUCCCUUCCACCUUUCCAUACCCCAUUACUUUCUCUCUCUACCCCCCUCUCUCUCUCUAUAUAUUCAUGGCUCCAUCCCAGCAGCUGCCACUAGAAGAAGAAACUGCAUCGGACAACAAUACCCACAAUGAGGUGCCCAUUAAAUCAAGAGUCACCGUUGUUGGCAGUGGCAAUUGGGGCAGUGUCGCUGCCAAGCUCAUUGCCUCUAACACCCUCAAGUUCAACUCUUUCUACGAUGAAGUUAGGAUGUGGGUAUAUGAGGAGGUAUUGCCAAGUGGUGAGAAACUCACAGAGGUCAUCAACAACACCAAUGAAAAUGUUAAAUACCUUCCUGGUAUUAAGCUUGGCAAAAAUGUUGUUGCUGACCCAGACCUUGAGCAUGCAGUGAGUGAAGCAAAUAUGUUAGUUUUUGUUACCCCACAUCAAUUCAUGGAGGGUAUAUGCAAAAGGCUAGUCGGAAAAUUAAGGGAAGAUGCAGAAGCAAUUUCCCUGAUUAAAGGGAUGGAGGUGAAGAAAGAAGGUCCAUGCAUGAUCUCUACCCUAAUCUCGGAACAGCUAGGGAUUAAUUGUUGUGUUCUAAUGGGAGCUAACAUUGCUAAUGAGAUUGCAGUCGAGAAAUUUAGCGAAGCAACAGUUGGAUACAGAGAGAACAGAGAGAUUGCAGAGAAAUGGGUUCGGCUAUUCAGUACUCCUUAUUUCAUGGUCUCAGCUGUUCAGGACGUGGAAGGGGUCGAACUAUGCGGGACUUUGAAAAAUGUUGUGGCCAUAGGAGCAGGUUUUGUGGAUGGCUUGGAGAUGGGAAAUAACACAAAGGCUGCAAUAAUGAGAAUUGGUCUCAGAGAAAUGAAGGCCUUCUCCAAGCUGAUGUUCUCAUCUGUUAGAGACAGCACCUUCUUCGAGAGCUGUGGCGUAGCCGAUCUCAUAACGACUUGCUUAGGAGGAAGAAACAGGAAAUGUGCAGAGGCUUUUGCUAGGAAUGGCGGGAAAAGGUCUUUCGAUGAGCUUGAAGCGGAGAUGCUGCAGGGCCAGAAAUUACAGGGUGUUUCGACAGCAAGAGAGGUUUAUGAGGUUUUAAGCCACCGGGGAUGGUUAGAGUUGUUCCCUCUUUUCACAACGGUGCAUGAGAUCUGCAUUGGUCGUCUUCAACCGUCAGCCAUAGUUGAAUAUAGCGAGCACACGCCCAAGUUCUCCUUGGUUGAAGGCUCUGCUCAGUUUUACUGAUCCUCUACAGAAAAGGACUACUUUGAUCUAUUAUACUUCAAUCUUGAAUUUCUUAUAAUUAGCCUCUCUUCAUCAGUGUAACGAGUGUUGAAUGCAAGGCUAGGACAAACUUUGCGUGUUAAAUUAUAUAGCAUUUGACAUAGGUAUCAAAUGCCGCAUGUAGGAAGCUUCAGAAGUCUUCCCCGUGUUUAAUGCAUAUGAAAUCAAGGUUUUAGAGUACCACGAUAUUUAUUUUUCCAUUUCCAUAUGUAUGAUUUUUCUCCCAAAUUUAUUAUUAUUAUCAUUAUUGAUUUUCAUA